AUGAAGGUGGAAGUCAAGUAUGGUGAUCAGCCUGAUGGUGAUAAAGAAGAGUGUACUAUUGAAGUGGGUAACUUUGAUACAGUGUUAGUUAUCAAAGAGAAGAUCGAGAGGCAUCUACAUAUCCCUAUUUCCAAACAAACCCUUUUCUUUAAAGGCAGGGUUCUUCUUAAUGACCAUCAUAAUGUCGCACAAUGUAAGAUCGUCAACAAGUCUACUCUCAAACUCUUCGUCUCUUGUAACCGUUACAACCCUGAUCGCAACAACAAUCAAGUUCUUCAUCAAAACCAGCAACCUCGAGCACCGUCAAACUUAACCCGACAGAUCACUCACGGUCAUCAAGAUCCGCCGGUGAUGAACCCGAGGAGCAACAACAAUGAAUCAUCACUACCACUACCAGGACCGUCAAAUUCAACUGAUGAGUUACUUGGGAUUCAAGAUUUAACUGUUGGGAGCAGCAGAGACAGGAAUCAAACCGAGAAAUCUCCAGAAACAUCAGCUUUAGUUGAAGCGUUCCUAAGUCAGGAUUGGUCUACGACAACCAAAAACGAUAGAUCACUAACGGUAAGUGAUAUGGAAGAGUUUCUUGGCAUUAAAGAUGAUCUGCCGCCUGUGAACUUUGGGAGCAGCAGAAACAGGAAUCAAACAGAGAAAUCUUCAUCGUCAGACUCAGUGAAGGAGAUCAUUUACAUUCCAGAUUCUCCUGAGAAGAAGAAGAUCAAGCCCAUGCCUAUGCCCAUCCCUUCGGGAAAGAUGACAGUAUUUGUUCAGCUAUUUGAAGAGACCAGGAUGAUUCCGGUGGUGGUUAACUCAUUGGAUAUAAUAAAAGUACUGACCACAGAGUUGGUUACGAUGCAACAGAGGGUCUCUCUCCAUUGAUCUUGAAACACCAUUGAUACAGUUAUGAAGUUUCUUGUGGAGGUUCAGAGUGGCUCAUCGUUCGAGAUUGAAGUGGAUUACAAGGAUACGAUGUUAGAGGUCAAACAGAAGAUCGAGAAGUCUCACCGUAUCCCUGUUUGCAAACAAACCCUUCUCUUCGACGGCGUGGUUCUUCAAGACGAUCUUGUUAUCGAACAAUAUCAGAUCUUCCACGGAUCUCGUCUUCAACUCUUCGUCUCUCCUGACAACAACCAAACCGAGCAAUCUCCUCCACCGUCAAGCUCAACAGAUCAUAUCAUUGACGGUCAUGAUCAAGAUUCUACUGUGACGGUUCAAACAGAGCAAUCUCCAUCGUCAACCUCAACACAAAACGUCAUCAACCCUCAUCAAGAUUCGUCUGUGACGGUUCAAACCGAUCAAUCUCCAUCCUCAAACUCAGUGGAAGAUUCGUCUGAGAAGGAGAGGAUCCGGAAGAAGAGGAUUGUGGUAUACGUUUCGCUGUACUCACGUGAGAGUAAAGCUGCCAAGGGGGUUCCGGUGGCUGUGAAUGUGAAGAUGAACGAUAACGUGAAAGAACUGAGGGACGAGUUGGUUAAAGUUGAAGAGAGGGGCGAGUUAAAUCUGCCUCAAGGAACGUAUUUUCUUACACACAAAAACAGAGUACUGAACGAGAAUGAGUCUUUCUGGGUGGCUGGUGUUGAUCACGGCGAUAGAAUUGAGAUCCUCCCUACGCAUCUUACUCGUGGCUCAGUCGCAGAGAUGAUCACUAACACUCAAGAUUCGUCUGAGAAGGAGAGGAUCCGGAAGAAGAGGAUUGUCGUAUACGUUGUGCCGUAUUCAGGUGAGAGUGAAGCUGCUAAGGGGGUUCCAGUGGCUGUGAAUAUGAAGAUGAACGAUAACGUGAAAGAACUGAGGAACGAGUUGGUUAAAAUUGAAGAGAAGGGUGAGUUAAAUCUGCCUCAAGAUGGGUAUAUUCUUGUACACAAAAACCAAUUAUUGAACGAGAAUCUGUCUUUCUGGGUGGCUGGUGUUGAUCACGGCAAUACCAUUGUGAUCCUUCCUAGGCAUCUUACUCGUGGCUCUCUUAACCUUGACUCUUAA